AUGGCUUCUCGAGCAUUUGAUGAAGAAGAACUCUCCAUGUCCCUAUCUCCCUCAUUGAUUCGACAGAAGAAUAAUGGCCCUCGAGUACCCGAAAUUAAUGUCACCCACCCCAACAACGAUGGUUCCAACCCGAGGUCGAGAGCUGCCAGUCUGCUCUCCGAACAGACGGCGUCGCAGAAUCGCGAGAAGUCCAGGACUGAGCAACGAAUCGGUGCCUACAAUAUAAUCAGGACUCUUGGUGAAGGGUCUUUUGGUAAGGUCAAGUUGGCAGUACAUAGAUCCACCGGCCAAAAAGUCGCACUUAAAAUUAUCGCUCGUAAGAAGUUGAUAAGUAGGGACAUGGUUGGCCGCGUUGAGCGGGAGAUCGAAUAUCUCCAACUACUCCGGCAUCCCCACAUCAUCAAGCUCUACACUGUGAUUAAGACCUCAGCGGAGAUCAUCAUGGUUUUGGAGUAUGCCGGUGGCGAGCUCUUCGAUUAUAUUGUAAAACACGGCCGACUACCCGAGGAUCAAGCCCGAAAGUUCUUCCAGCAGAUGAUUUGCGCCGUCGAAUACUGCCAUAGACACAAGGUCGUGCAUCGUGACCUAAAGCCCGAGAAUCUUCUCCUCGACGACAAUCUCAAUGUCAAAAUAGCCGAUUUUGGUCUAAGUAACAUCAUGACAGAUGGAAAUUUCCUCAAGACCAGCUGCGGCAGUCCUAAUUACGCAGCACCAGAGGUUAUCAGUGGCAAGUUGUAUGCCGGGCCAGAAGUCGACGUAUGGAGUUGCGGCGUCAUCUUGUAUGUGCUGCUAGUAGGAAGACUGCCCUUCGACGACGAUCAUAUUCCCAGUCUCUUCUCAAAGAUUCAGCGGGGUGUCUUUACUGUUCCCCAUUGGGUGCCAGCUGAUGCGGCGAGCCUUAUUCGAAAAAUGCUGCAGACAAACCCCGUACAGCGUAUUAUUAUCGAUGAUAUCAGACUUGAUCCUUGGUUUUUGAAAGACCUGCCCGCUUACCUUGCUCCGCCUGUUGAGGAAUUCUUGAAUACUGGUGUCGAUCCAAAUAGGGCUAUUAGACCGAGCGAUAUUGCACCACACGCUCCUACUAAGGUACAGGAGAAGUUACACAACGAGGUCACUGAGAAAAUCAGCAAAACGAUGGGUUACGGCAAGCGAGAUGUCCAAGAAGCCCUUGAAGCCGAUGAACCAUCUGCCAUUAAGGAUGCAUACAUGAUCGUCCGGGAGAACAAGCUUAUGCAAGGGAAUCCUGCUUACGGAAUGGGAGCCGAUAACCCUUAUUUUGCCACAUCACCGCCAAGUACGGAUGCCGAUGACCAAAUGCGUAGCGUAUCAGAAGCCAUGCAUAAUACGGCAUUAGACAGCAGGCGGAAUUCACAAACAUAUUAUCCGAAUGAAGCGCAAGCCAGUCCCCUCGCUGACUCUGCUCGCUCUACUACCUCGACAAUCACCAGCUCUUCCCCUCGUGGAUAUGUCAGCCACGUUGGAAUCUUACCAACGAGUCUACCUUCGCUUCACAAGAAGUAUCUUGAACGCCAGAGCGCUAGCACCGAAGAACCGUUGGAUGCUCAGCCUGUACCUGAUGUUCCUUUGCAGCCUAGGACACCCGCCGAGCAACAAGAAGCAGCUCGCCGCCUCAAACCUCACUCUAAAAGCUCCAUGAGGCUUGACGAUAGCCAAAUGCACCCGCAAACAAUGACCCCUGUUGCACCCAAGAGAACUAAGCAAGUCCGUUGGCAAUUUGGUAUAAGAUCCCGGAAUGCCCCUUUUGAAGCCUUGCUAUGCAUCUACAAGUCUCUAUCCAAGCUUGGCGCUACAUGGGUUGUAGAUGAAGAUUUCGAGAAGGUGCAUGGAAGCGAUCAAGACCCAUCGGAGCCAUACGAUAACAAUUUUGUCAACGAAAGGGGUAAUCCAUACGAGGGUCUGUCACCUGGUCAAAUCGAUUUGGAAACAUUUGACCCCAUCAAAUACUACAGGCUGCCCGCUGAUCCUUGGCACAUAGUGUGUCGUUGGAAAAAAGAUGAUAUUAGGCGGACGUCGGUUUCUUCCGGUCAAGCUACCGCUGAGGCCGCGUCUGAUGAGAAUACUUACGUCUUCUCUGUGAUGGACAAACGGAAGCAAGAUUUCGUCUGGAUGCGAAUGGAGAUCCAGAUCUACGAAAUGGACCCUAAAGAUAAGGUCUACCUCGUAGACUUUAAAUGCACAGGCUACGAACGACUUGACGGGACGCUACUUGAAGAGAAAGCUGUUAUGAGCCCCUUUCCCUUCCUCGACAUGGCGGCGAAGUUAAUCAUGCAGUUGGCCGAGGCUGAUUAG